UUUUUUUUUCUCUUCUUCUCUUCUUCUCGUUUUGUCAUACAUUCAUUCUCCUUCAUUACUUUUUCUUCCAUUUUCUCUUCUUUUUCUUCUUUUUCAUAUUCGCCCUCCCUCAGUUCCAUCAUUUCACCUGUUCAGCCAUGACAUCUAGCGACAAUAUCAUUUACCGUGCAGGUGUCGAUUAUGAAAGUAGACCGAUGGUAGUGAUUUGUGCCUGCAACCUACCGGACCCAGCCGUUGUAGAUUACGAUACCAUCCUCAGAAUUGUCCUUGCACAAUUGGAGCAAUUUGUAGAGAAUGACUACACAGUGGUCAUGUUUUCAGGUGGAGCAUUGUAUCGUCCUGGAUGGAAGUGGCUCUUUACAGCAUACCGGAGCUUGAACCGCAAUCACAAGAAGAACCUGAAAGCCCUGUACAUUGUCCAUCCUUCAACCUGGCCAAGACUCAUUCUUGGAACCAUGAAUUCUAUUAUCAGCCCUAAAUUCGGAGCCAAAGUCCAUUAUAUCGAUACCCUUUCUCAGCUGGCAACAGUCGUACCUCUCAAUCAGAUCAACAUUCCUGCUGCAGUAUACAAACACAACCUUAAAUUUGAAGAUACAAUUACUCUUCCAGAGGAUCAACAGGAUCAUGCUAAUAGAGUCUUUGGAGCACCCCUGGAUCGACUCAUGGGACCCAAUGGAGAAUUAGGCCUUCCACCUUUUAUCCGGGACUGCAUCCAAAACCUCAUAGAGAAUGGACUCUAUGUUGAGGGACUUUUCCGUCGUAGUCCUAGUUCAGCCAUGUUGAAACAAGUACGCGCUGCAUACGAUCGUGGCAAUCCUGUGGAUCUUUCAGAAUACGACAUUCACAUCUCGGCUGUGUUACUCAAGUUGUUCCUGAGAGAACUACCAGAGCCAUUGUUCCCCAUGUCAGUGUUUGAAAGGAUGAAGCGCAAGAAGGAUGAGGAACACAAUAGAAGCAACAAGACUAAUGAGGAUGACAGUGGAGAAAAAUCAAUCACGGUGAUCGAAUUUAUCAAGACAGAAAUCAUUAGUCAAUUGUCACAGAACAGUUUAAUAUUGGCAAUGGAGGUCUUUAAGCUACUGAGGAUGGUAGCAGACAGACAUGAGUCCAACAAGAUGACACCUUUCAAUUUGGCAGUAGUGAUGACACCCAACAUUGUGCGGCACCAAGAUGUUAUGCAAGAGAUUGAAAUGUCUGCUGUUAGCGGACAGGACAAGGAUUCGUUGCUCUUGAACGGAUCGGCACUCCUGACACUUGGAACGGUGGUGAGGAUCAUGAUUGAGAACUAUGAAGCAAUCUUUUAGAACUCUCGUUUCUUUUCAUUAUGUAACAUAUUAAAGCACCCCC